UUUCGUUUUCCUUCGUUGCUUUAAAUCCCAUCAAGAUUUUUUCACUUUUAUCGAUAAUUUAAAACUUUAUUGUUUAACUUUAAUGUUCUCUUUUGUCAUUUUAUGAUAUUGUGUCUACCAUAAAAAUCUGAAGCGAAACUAUGUUCAAAUAUUUAUUCAGAUCAUGGUCAUUAAACUCAGCGGAGUGAAAAAUUUGUACGGGUGACUACCUUGUUAAAUCUAACGUCCACUUGUAAUCAUGUUACAUGGUAUACGUGCGGGCAAGCAGAUCCGGUCCAGGAGCAGAUAAAAUGAGAGAUCGAAAAUAUCUCGAAAUUAUAUGCAAAUUUUUAUGCUGGCGUGGUGUUGUAAACUGUAUAAAAGACUAGGCUACCUUCUAUCUAUAAUUUAAUCAGUUAUCCUAGUAUUCUGUUAGCAAUUGAAGAAAACUUAUACGAAUUGCGAAAAUCCCCCCGCGCUACCUUUAGAGAAAACUCCUUGUUCAUGACCUGAAUAAAAAAAUGUGCAAUAGAGUUAUAUGCAUCAAUUUGGCAUCAAAAGCAAAAACAAAUGUCAGCCAAUUUCUUUGCUAAUAUUAACUUUAAAAGGAUUUACUUGCAAUAUUACAAAGACAACCAAGCGUUUCUCAAUAAACGCAAACGUUACUCAAAAUAUGCUAUUCGACCGUUCUGCGGAUAAAGCAGUCUUUUCGUGUCGAGACAUCCCUGUUCGAUUAUCUAUCGAAAACAACCUAAAAACGGUUUCUGCGACGUUCUAGCAAUAAAAACGCAAAUGAUCCAGUUUCGGACAAAUAAAUUGCCUGCAACUAAAACAUGGAAGCAAAUAUUGCGCUCCUAAAGUUAGGAUCUGAAGAUACUACAAGGCGACUAGCUGAACCCGUGCACCCCUACUAAGCCAAACUUCACGCUAUAUUUAAUUUAGAAUAACAGAACGACAAUUGAUUCCUAUCUCUGAAUAACUGACACCGCCUUGUUUCAGGACAACAACCAUACGCUUUCAGUACUUUACGCUUCACGCGUCGAUCAAUUCUGGAUAUUUACAGCUAUUCAAAUGAGAUCAAACUAACAAAAGCCAGUUUAAUGAUUGGUUAGUGACUGGCACGCACCUGCGGUCGUUUGAAUGUGAUUCUGAAUAAAAUGGGUGAUAAGAACCCGGCGGCACCAAUGGAAGAACUUGCAGAUUGGAUUCAUUUCCAAGCCAGGGAAAAUCCCUCACAGCGAUCCCAAGACGCAGUCCACGAAGCCUUGUUAAACGCAAACGACCAUAGUCGAAAUCCAACAAACAACAGGAGCAGAAAAUUUCGUAAAAUGAGCAAAACACCACCAAAAGCUAUUUUGGAAUCUGAGGACAGCUAUCUGAACGAUUUCGCAGACGAUGACGAAGACGCGUCUUCAACUAGCGAGAACCUCACCAACGACAAUUUGGAGGCAUCCAACGGCAAAUAUGGAGCUCAAAUGGCGCCCACCAAAGAAAUCGAAGACGAAUUCAUGACAGCAUGUAUGAAAGGAGACGGAAUAACAGUGGAAAGAUUACUCAAAACUGACCUUGAACACUUUGAUUUCAACGAUGCCAGAGGGUUCACUCCUCUUAUGCAUGCGAUCAAAAACGGACAAGAGGAACUGGUCAGAACUCUAGUGUCAGAUCCCCGAAUCAGACAAGACGACUGUCUUCUCGCUGCUGUCGACAACGGAAACUACAACAUCACAAGGUUUCUAAUCGAGUACGGAAUCGAUCCGAACCAGGAAGCCAAAUCCCCGGUAUUCGGCCAUGGCGCCACACCUCUAAUUAUUGCUUGUAUCAUUAACCACGUCGAGCUAAUUCGUCUUUUACUCGAGAAAAACACCGAGCGACUUUACCUUGAACCCGAGAUAAAAGGAACCACUUUGCACGACUGUAGAAAACGAAUUAAGAUAUUGCAAGCUCUAUCUAGUCCGGCAUACAUUGCGCUUACAUGUGACGAUCCAGUAAGCACCUGUUUCCAGUUAUCCAAACUGUCUCGCUGGCUCGGCAACUGCGAGAACGAAUUAGCCGAAGAGUACUUCGCUGUUUCUGAGCAUUGUGAAACGUUAGCAGCAGAGUUCGUUAAUGCUGUGGAGGACAGUUUCGAUAUUAUGACACUUCUGUCAAUGGAGACAGACAUGGAAACAGGAAAAAGUGGUCUCGGUGCUCCUUUAUGCCGACUCAAAGAAGCUUUGAAUGGUGAGCAUAAAAAAUUCAUCGCCCACGCGCACUGCCAAUUGGCGCUUGCUGACGAAUUUAUCAAAGGUUUCAAAAAAUGGCGCCACUUAGACGGUUCUCGCAAGUUCCGAGCAAUUCUCUCCAUGAUUCUUCUCACCCCCAUCUGGGCUAUUCUGUGUAUUAUCUUGCCUCCACAUUGCAAACUAGCUCGCUUCUUGAAAGUUCCUUUUAUGAAAUUUAUCGCAAACAUCGUCACCUAUUUUAUCGUUAUUAUGAUCAUCGUUUUCGAACAGAUUCAAAUUCUACCUCCAAGCAACACCGUUUUCACGUCACCCGAAUUUGUUCACGGUUCUCCUUUACGUUGGCGCGAAGUGAUAUGUCUAGUUUGGCUCAUAGGCCAGAUUUUUGAAGAGCUCAAAUCGUUUUGGUUUUUAGGUUUUGGGCGCUAUUUCACAAGCACCUGGAAAAUUAUUGACUUAUCUAUCUGCGUAGUGUUUAGCAUCGCGUUCGGUGCUAGAAUUCUUGAUAUAAUCGGCGGACCGGAGGUUGAAAACGACCGACAAGCUUGGAAAAUUUUGGAUCCCUUGCUAGUUUACGAAGCGGCCGUUUGCAUAGGGACCCUUCUUUCAGUCAACCGAAUUUUGAACUACUUUCGAGCUCACAGACAAUUGGGAAAACUGCAAAUGAGUCUGGGAUCCUCGUUCGGCGAGAUUACUAAGUUUAUGGCCCUAUUUGCUGUAAUGUAUUUAUCCUUCGCUUCCGCCAUUAAUGCUCUUUAUUGGAAGGAUCAAUACACUGCUGUGCAUGCAUGUUAUGAGCAGUAUGGCCCUUCGGAAAGUAUCAGUUACGGCAUCGAAAAUAUUAACAACACCAACGAUAAAUGUCCUGGCUACCUGAAAAAGCGAUACACUCAAGAGGAGUUCCAGUUCCAGACAAUUGGGGGUUGCCUAUACCAACUUUACUGGACCCUUUUUGGUUAUUCUGACAUUGUGUUCGCCUCCAAAGUCUACCGAGAUUGGACUCUGCAUACCUUGGUCGGCUCUUGUUUGUUUAUUAUGUUCAAUUUUCUCGCAGUGGUAGUUCUACUAAAUGUUCUGAUCGGUAUGAUUACCAAAGUGCUCGAUAACAUCGAGGAUAAUAUUGACGUCGAGUGGAAAUUCGCCCGUUCCUCUAUUUAUGCUCAGUUCAUUAAUGACUCCUACUGUUUGCCGCCCCCAUUCAAUAUAAUGCCAACGACGCAACAUGCCCUGCAGAUAAUUGCCAAAAUAUGUGCUUGCUGUUUCUCAAAUGACAAAUGGCUCUACUAUGCCAAGCCGUACAAAUUAGAAAACUUGAACCGCAAACGUAAACAGGAAGGCAAGCUAGAAGAAAUAGUUCAAUCUAUGAAAGACCAAUAUUUGCGAAAUGAACAAAAAGAGGCUGAAAAAGAGGAAGUCACCAUAGAACAUGUUGACGGGUUAAGAAACGAUGUGUCAGGGCUCAAGUUUGAAAUUUUAGGCUACGUCAGACAUGUCCCGCAAACACUUAGCGAUAUGACAGACAGACAAAACGAAAUUCUGAAGGAUCUUGACCGGGUCAAGGACAAACAAGCGGACCACGAGCGUCAACUGAAAGACCAUAACAAACAGUUAGAUGCAUGUCAUGAGCUUCAAAUGGAUAAAUUGCAAUACUUGGACGUUCAACAGCAAUGUGAGUUCCAAAAAGUGAUGCUUGAAAACCAGAAACACAUUCAAGAAGCGACCGUUUUUCAGACUCAGCAAGCCGAAGAAAAUACCAAAUCUGCCAAAGAGAGAAUCAUACAAGCAAAAGAAGAACAACUAGUGAAAGUCGAUCUAAUUUAUCAAAAACAAGAAGCAUAUUUCACACAACUGAAAGUAGACCAGGACAACAUAAUGGCACGUCAGGCGAUCGAGUCUCAAAACUACUACCAGCAAUUUCAGAACAUUUUGAAUAAGUUACAGAGACAUGAAAAACGAAUGGAAGAAAUCGAGUCACGAGGAACGUCUCAAUUUCUUCAUCUCGAGACCCACAACGACGAACAACUUUCGAAUCUCAGCCAGAAGCAAGAAGAGCGGUUCGUUAAACUAAAGGAAGAGAGCAUUCAAUUUUACUCUUCUACUGCCGAAACUCUAAAAGGAAACCAAAUGAAACAGAUCGAAGCCACCCAUAUGCUACAAAAAGAUAUGAAUGAGAAGUUUAUCACUCAAAUGGAUCAACUUAGGUUCAGCUACGAAAGCCGAAUCGAAAUCAUGCUGAACCAACACAAACAAUUAAUCGAAACGCAGAACGAAUUUAUCCAAAGUUUACUAAGGGACGCUCAAAGCAAUAUUAUUCAAUGUACAAAAACAGAAUCUGACAGAAUUAUUAGCACUUCCACGACUAACUUACCGAGUCUUUUUAGCGGCGACGAAAGCGCAUUUGGAAGCACAGUUUCACUUGCAAGCGGCGAUCCCGACAAGCCCAAAGCUAGCCAGCUUCUGGGUUCAAAAAUACCAAAACCCACACGCAAAGAACCGGUAGCAUUCCGAGGACUUGUCGGAAACUUGGUGGGUAACUUCGAACCCCACUCAAACUCGGACCACAACGGACCCUCGGGUGCUGCAAAUAGUAACAAGCGGUACCCUCCAAAUGUAAACAGAGCAAAUGCAAAGUACUCCAUGGGCUUAGACAGAGAAGGACCUAAAUGGACGUAAUCUCAUGUCUUAAAUUUUCUGCCAACAAUUUCACUACCCAUUCACAAUGGGAAGAUGAAGAUACAGAGAUAUACACAGCAUCUACUUCGAAUAAACAAACGCAUCACGUUUAGAAGAACGAGACCAAAGAUUGCAUCGAUCUUACCCAAGUACGCAACCCAAGUUAAGAGAACACAACUCAGAUCGAGUUUUAUUUAUGAAGUGCAAUACCAGAAGCACAGUACUUAGGCAACUACUGCAAACUUUUCUGACAGCGGCGCGGCUACACUAAAUGCACCAACUUUAGACAU